CUCCAGUGCUCAACAUCAACAUAGGUCACGAUGACUUGAAAUUGGAAGCGGAGAAAGGUUCUUCACGAAAACGUUGCUCGCACCCCUCGUGUGCAGCAGCACGCGAUAGCAGCACUCUGCACAACUUUCUUUGGAGUCAGGGGUCGUUUGUCAAGUAAAGUGGAACUCCGAGUCCGAGGCGCCUCACCUAGCGCCCCUGAUAAACGGAAACGGCGCAAUCGUUGACAGCAGAAAGCGUCUAGCUAUUUCACAGCGUGGGGGGGGGGGGGCGUCAUCGUCAGGGCACGUCAGAAAUGGGCCAAAAAGCGGCCCCGCUCCGUCCAGAAGCGGCAUCAUAGAGAAUAAUGCCGACCAAUGAAUUAAACGUAGGGCGGUGGGCAAUUGGGGGUGCCCAACUGCCGCGAGGGCUUGGUGAUGACUGCCAGAGUGCAGGAAGCGGCAACGGCAGUCCGGCGCGGAGCUCCGGCCGGCCUCCACGCCCGCCGCCGCUAGGCGCGCUCAGUGGGAGCGCCACGCGCUCUAGACGUCAGGGCGGCCCCAGCGAGUCAAGCGGCAGAGGACUCAGUAACAGCCAGGCGGCCGCAACGCCACAGCCGCAACACCCCUUGCUCACCGACCCGGACGGGGACGGGGAGCGGGCUGAGGCCUCAACCCCGCCUGCCCGCUUGGGCACGCCCCGCAGUUCCUGGGGCCGGCACUCCUGGAGCGGCAGCGGCCAGACGCACGACACGCAGCUGCCAGAGGCUGCGGCAUCUGCCAUGGGCUAUAGCGGCGGCUGGCGGGAAGCGAGUACGCCGGAGCAGUGGCCAGCGGCGACCUCCUUGCACCGCUGGCCCGCAGAUCGCGCAGUUGCCUGUAGCUCGGAUAACGACGAGGAGGGGCAGCUGCUGUUAAGGGGUAUGCUGGAGGCCGGGCGAGGCGGACACAGCUCCACUUCCGGGGCCAGCGGAAGCGGAAGCGCAGGGUUGGCAGGAGCAGGUGCAGGUGCAGGCAUGGGCUCAUGCGAACCGCCAUGUUCUACUCCCGGUCGCAGCCGGCUGCCGCCCUUUCCCGCAGCUGCCGCAGCGUCCGCUGGGCCCUGGCCACUCGGUUGCGGCGCGAGCCUUCUUUCGCAGCCGCAGCGCGAGCUGCUGCGGUGGCUGUGGCGUGCGGUGCUGCGGCCCUUCUGGCCAGCGCCUGUGGCGGCUCUGGCGUUCGCGCUGGGUGUGCGUGCACUGGGCUACUGGGGCUCGGUCAUGCCCGGCACGCAGGCCGUGUUCAUCAUGUGUUGGGUGCAGUGCUGCUUCGGCGUGCUGUCGCGGCAGGGCCGCCGCACGGCGCUGCGGCUGGCGCAGCUGGCGGCGGCGCUGGUGGGGGUGCUGGUGCUGCUGCCGCGGCACAGCGCUUACAGUUCGGGCGAGCUCGGCCUGAGGUUCGGUGUGCCCUCCGGCUAUGACGAGGACGGCGGCGUGGACGGCGACCUGCCCGCCCUGUCGGCCUGGGGCGCCGGCGACUGGAGCUGGGGCGGGCUGCUGGGGCUGCUGGGCGUGGACAUGGGCAGCCUCAGUGACGGCAGCAGCAGCAGUGGCGGCGGCGGCCUGGGGGCAGCGGGCGCGGCGGCGGCGAGCAGCGGCUUGCGUGGCGGCGCAGGGGCGGGGGCGGCUGCGGGUGUGGAGAGCCUGGCGGAGCUGGAGCUGCACCGGGCGCUGAUGCGGGUGCAGGUGGCCUUGGGCGUGGUGCUGGGCCUGUGGUUGCUGCAGGCGGCCGUGGCGUGUGUGGUGCUGCCCGCGGCAGUUGCCGCCACCGCCACCGCCGCCAGCAGCGCGGCAGCCGCCGGCGGCGGCUCGGCCUGCGGCUCGCCUGCCGGCAGCCCACAGAAUGCCGUCUCAGCCGCGGUCGCUUGCGGCGCAACUGCCGGCGGCGUCUCCGGCGCCGGCGGCCUCACGCUCAAGACGCUUGGCGCCAUGACGCCUCACAAGAGCCACCUGGACCUGCCUGCGCUGGACGGCUAUGAGGCACUGCAGGCCGCAGGCGGACUAGGCACCGUGUUCGGGCGGUGGGAGGGCAGCGGCACCAGCGCCGCGUGGGAGGUGCUCCGGAGCUACGGCACAAGUGGUGGCGUAGGGGGCGGAGCAGGGGCCGGAGGGGGUGGAGGGGGCGGCUGUGCGGUGUGCAGCGGGCCGCCGGCGCCGCCAAGUUCGGGUGGCGUCACGCCGAGGCCCCCGGCCUCACGCAUCGGGGCUGGGCUGCCGCAGGGGUCGCCGGGCAUGUCGGGAUUGCAGGCGACGUCGGCGGGGCCUAAAGGCGGCUGCUGCGCCGGCGCGGGUGGCGUCGGCGUUGGUAGCCUGCAGCACCAGCAGGCGGCGGCGCUGGCGGCGGCGCUGGUUACGCAGCGGCUGCUGAUGUGGGUCGCGGUGGUUGCGCAGCUGGUGGCGGCGGCGGCGCUCACUGGCAUGUGGGCGGUGCCUACGGACCGGGUGGAGCUGUCACACGGUGUGGUGCUGCUCAGCGUGUCGCGUGACAGCGACAACAAGCGCUGGCUGUACGGCGGCCCCGGCCGCUCCUGGUUGGCAGUGCUGGCGCUGGCGGCGGCCAUGGCGGCGCCGCUGCCGCUGCCCGACCUGCUGCGCUCACGGCACGCCGUGCUGUGGCACACGGCGCUGCUGCUGCGGCCUGCCGCCAGCCGGCCGCUGGGGCUGAGGCUGCUGGACUGCAAUGCGGCAAAGCUGAUGACCGGCGUGGCGGUGGGGCUGCUAUUCGCCUCCUGGGCCGCCGCCGUGUUCAGCUGGCAGCUGCUGCAGGUGGCCACACUGGUGGGCGGCCUAGCUAAGCUAUAUCUAGACGGAGUGCGGCAGCAGGUGCGGCACAGCCCUGCGUCGGGGCUGGGCUGCCCCGGUGUGAGUGCCAUCAUUAACGGCCCCGCUCUGCUUGGGGUAGGGAGUAGCAGCAGCCAUCAUGGUGGAGGGUAUGUGGUGCAGCUCAGCGGAGGGGGAGUUGGCGGGACCUGCCACGGCGCAGGCGCUAGCGUCGGCAACGGCAACGGCACUGGCAGCAGCUGCUAUGUGGGCGCGGUGCGAGAGGCGACGUCGGCUGCGGCGAUAGCGACGGGGCUGUGCCCAAACGGCAACGGCAACGGCCACCAUGGCCAGCAUAAUGGCGGCAUUGGCGGCAUGGUCAGUGGUGGCGCCAACGGCUGCACCGGUGCUGCCAACGGCCACGGCACGCUCCUCAACGGCUGCGCCUCUAGUGCAGACGCGCCCUGCUCGCCCACCGCCGCGGGCUCCUCGGGCGGCAGCAGCGCUGAGCUGGUGCUGUCGUGCUGCAGCAGCGCCUACAGCCUCCACAGUGCCAGCAUCACUGCGGUCUCGGGCUGCGAGCAGCAAGGAUACAGCGGCACCAGCAGCCGAGACGUCGUGGCCGCGUGCCCAGCGCCCAGCGCCGGCACAUCCGGAGCAAGCGGCAGCGCCGGCGGCGGUGGAGGGGCUGGAGGGCAGUCGUGGUAUGGAGGCGGCGGAGUCGGGGUCGGGGGUGGGGCGCAGCUGGCGCGGCGUGUGCUGCCCGCGGCAAGCUCUGCGCCGCUGCCUGCACCUGCGGCUCCGGGGCACCACGGCGUGCCGCCGCUGUCUCCUGGCAGUGGCCUGGGUGCCGGCGGGCUGGACGCGGGCGCGGGUGGCCUCGCAGCCUGCCACAGCGUCACCCUGGGCGCGACCGGUGCCGCCGCCGUGUUGCUCGGUGUCGGCGGCGCUAACGGUAAUGGGCAUCCCCACCACGCCUACCUCACGCCCCGGAAAGUCGGCUUCGCCGACAGCGCUGCCGCCGCCUCCGGCGGCUGUGCGGCGGGCCUGGCGGCGGCGGCGGCCUGCGGCCGGCGCUACGCGCGCGCCGCGCUGCGCCCCUGGAGCCUGCUGCUCGCCUGCCUCACCGCCUUCGCCGGCUGCUUGUGGGCCAUCCUCAUCACGCCGCCGCUCGCUGUCCUUGGCGACGGCCCCGGCGACCUGUACAUGGGCGUGUUGGAGACGCCCGCGGGCUCGGGGGUGCUGGUGGCGGUGCUGGCAGGCGCGGCGCUCUCUGGGCUGGGCUCGGCAGUGAUGCUGGCCGUGUGCGCCGCCAGUGGUGAGCUGUGGAAGCGGUGGAGUGGGGACCGGCUGGAGGGGCGGCGGCUGCAGUGCCUGGCGUGGGCGGCAGGCCCGGCGGCAGCGGUUGCGGCGACGUCGGCUGUGAGCUGGGCGCUGGGCGACGAGCGCAACGUCCUGGUAUUCGUGGCGGCGGAGAGCCUGCACUGCGCCUGCCUGUGGCCGUUGGUGUGGCUGCAGGAGCCGUGGCUACUGGGUGGCGUUCACGACGUGGGCGGCUGCGUGCAGCACACCGGCUGCGGCGUCACGUGCUGUGUGCUGCGCUGGGCAGGACUGCGGCCUGGGUAUCCACGCGGUGCCUCAGCGACCGCGCGCUGUGAUGUGCCCGGUGGUGGCGGGUCUCCUGCGGUGGGAGGAGGAGGAGGCGGGAGCGGGGGAGGCGGCAUGGGCGGUGUUCGGGAUGGGAGCGACGCAGGCGCGGGCGUGGUUGUAAGGGGGCAGUCCUCCCGCCGUGGGGGCUGGAGUCUGCAGGUGCAAGUAAACUAACAGAAUGCCAUCUAAAAUGUCGCAUCCAUCAACAGUGUAUAGUGCUUUAGUUAACGUACCGUCGUUCGAAGUGACGCGGUCAAGCAUACCGCCUACCCUAAAUGAGUACGGUACUCGACAUACUGGGACAGACUUGCCAUCCACUGAGGGCAUGGCAAAUCGUACGACCGCUUAAGCAUUUGCGUGGACUGGUGUUGCUAGCUAGCGGGGUGUUGCUAGCUAGCCGGGUGGUGAUGCAUACAACUGCAAGGGCAAGGGCGAUAGGAAGGGACAACGGGCGCUUUGUGCUUUGCCUGCUGACUUAGAUCUUACGAUUGUGAAAGGGAAGUUAGCCGUGCAGGGCCCAAUGCGGGGACGAUGGUCUUACAACCAGGUCCGUAUGAAUGGACGUCCGCUUACGUUCUUGGUCGGGAUGGGGGGGUGUCCGGGUUGUUGCACUCCAGCUGCCCAGUGGUUGCCAGUGGCUGAAACGGUUCCCGCGCGGAAGUGCCGACUGCACUUGAAGUUCGAUCGCUAAAACCAAACACGCAUGGUUUCGAUAUGUAAAUUUAAUAUUCA